UUAACACGGGGCCCGGAGGGCGCGGGCCGGGACUGUCGCCCGAGUCACCGCCAUGGCCGGGCCUGUCCAAGGUUCCGCGCGCGCGCUGCUCGCCGCCCUGCUGGCGCCGGCGCUGGUGGCCCUGGUGGCGCUGCUGGUGGCCCCGGCGCGGGGCCGAGGCGGCCGGGACCACGGGGACUGGGACGCCGCCGGGCUGAUGCCGCCGCUGCCGCCCCGCGAGGACGCGGCGCGCGUGGCCCGCUUCGUGACGCACGUCUGCGACUGGGGCGCGCUGGCCACCAUCUCCACGCAGGAGGCGGUGCGCGGCUGGGCCUUCGCCGACGUCCUGUCGCUCAGCGACGGGCCCCCGGGCGCGGGCAGCGGCGUGCCCUACUUCUACCUGAGCCCCAUGCAGCAGCUGGUGGGCAACCUGCAGGAGAAUCCGUACGCUACGCUGACCAUGUCUUUGGCGCAGACUAACUUCUGCAGGAAACAUGGAUUUGACCCCCAGAGCCCCCUCUGUGCUCACAUCAUCCUGUCAGGGACUGUAACCAAGGUGAAUGAGACCGAGAUGGACAUUGCAAAGCAGUCGCUGUUCAUUCGACACCCCGAGAUGAAAGACUGGCCUUCCAGCCACAACUGGUUCUUUGCCAAGUUGAACAUCACCAACAUCUGGCUCCUGGACUACUUCGGUGGACCCAAAAUCGUGACGCCCGAGGAAUACUAUAAUGCCACAUUUCAGUAGGUGAAGCAGAAUUUGGCGGAUUUAACCACCCGGUGAAGUUGUCCGGAUGUUUCCCACAGACCCGAGGCCUUCGGAUUUCUCUGGAAAACGUCCCGGUCAGCCUGGUUACAGCAUCAAGUAGAACUGCUACUGAAUCUCUUGGAAAAGGAGGUUGCUAAAUUUUAGACAUUUAAAUUUAUAGUUUUACUUAUAUACAUGGUUUCAGAAGACGAGACGAGAUCCCCCAUAGAGGCGUGCCGGGAAUCACUGCUGAGCCCGUCAGUGGCUCAGAGAAAGGAGCGGGUGUGCGUCAUCAUGUUCGAAGACAACAAAUGAACUUACCCGAAAUCCAGCAACAGCCUCUGGUGAAGAAAAAUGAUUAGAAAAAGAAAAAGAGAAAUGAUUUACAUUAAACUUGGUAAAACGGGUUUCUUUUUCAAAGUAUCAAUAAUUAAAAGCAUAUUUUAAUGAUA